UUUAUAUCCAUACCUUUCUUGAAUCUUUGCCUUCCAUCAGUCACUGAUCAUCAUCUCUUUACUGUUCUCCGUUGCUGUGUUGAAUCAAGAAAAAAUGGCAGGGCCUCAGUGCUGUGCUCACCCACCAACCCUAAACCCAAGCAGUGGAGCUGGCCAUGUUGAGAAAGUUGGUGGCCUUGACUCUUAUGUCUCUGGCUCUCCUGACUCUAAACUUGCCAUUCUUCUUGUCUCUGAUGUUUAUGGAUAUGAAGCGCCGAACUUGAGGAAACUUGCAGACAAGAUUGCAGCUGCUGGAUUCUAUGCUGUAGUUCCUGACUUCUUUUAUGGAGAUCCUUUUGCUCCUGACAAUGCUGAGAGACCCAUUCAAGUUUGGUUAAAGGAUCACGGCAUGCAUAAGGGAUUUGAAGAUGCAAAACCUGUGAUUGAGGCUUUGAAGAGUAAAGGUGUAUCUGCAAUUGGGGCUGUGGGCUUUUGUUGGGGUGCCAAGGUGGUAGUUGAACUAGGAAAAUCUUCUGCUUUCAUCAAAGCUGCUGUUCUGUGUCAUCCUUCAUUUGUCACUGUAGACGACUUCAAGGAGUUUAAGGUACCUAUUUCAAUACUAGGAGCUGAGACAGACCAUAUGUCUCCACCAGCGCUCUUGAAACAGUUUGAAGAGCUUUUAGCUAGUAAAUCUGAGGUUGAUAGCUUUGUGAAGAUAUUUCCAAAGGUUGCUCAUGGAUGGACAGUGAGGUACGAUGUUGAAGAUGAAGCUGCCGUGAAGAGUGCAGAGGAGGCCCAUGGAAACUUGUUGGAGUGGUUUGCCAAAUAUGUCAAAUGAGUAGAAACUAGAAAUUUGCCCGCGUAUGUUGAAUUGCAGAGAAAUCAUGCAGUUUUAUUAUGCUCGCACUACGUUAAACUUGAAUAAAGAUGGCUCUUUGAUGCUUUGUGACUUC